UCCCAACCUGUAGCAGUCUCAGUCAGCCUCACCGCGUGGCGUCCCGCCCCCAGCUGCCGGCAGGUGUGCGCUCAAGUUAGCACGUGGUGCUAGAUACUACUUAAGGGCCCACCUUCUCUUGUUUGCAGCUGCCGCCUUCUCCUGCCCUGUCCUACCGGAGCUGCCGGAGGCUCGCGGGUCUCAGAACGCAUCACGCCGCUGGGGUUGGAGCCGUGGCAUGGGCUCCGCCGGCCCCCUCUGGGUUUUCUUGGCUCUCAUCGUGCCAGGGGUCCUCGGUCAGUGUAAAUUCCUGCCAAGGUAUCCUUUUGCUAAGCCUAAAAUUCAGAGUGAUCAGUCUGAGUUUGCUGUUGGGACAACUUGGGAAUAUGAGUGCCUUCCUGGGUAUACCAAGAGGUCAUUCUCUAUCACCUGCUUAGAGACCUCCAAGUGGUCAGAUGCUCAGCAAUUAUGUAAACGCAAAUCAUGUGUGAGUCCUAGAGAACUCCUCCAUGGCUCUGUCCUCGCACCCAUGGGUAUCGUGUUUGGGUCAACAAUUACAUAUUCUUGUAAUAAAGGAUAUCGACUCAUUGGUGAUCCAUCUGCUACAUGUAUUAUCUCAGACAAUAUUGUAACCUGGGAUAAGGACAUGCCUAUCUGUGAAUCUAUUCCUUGUGAGUCACCCCCAGCCAUCCCCAAUGGAGACUUUUACGGCAAUGACGAGAACUUUUACUAUGGAAUGGUGGUUACUUAUGAGUGCCAUGUUGGGAAGAAUGGGAAAAAGCUAUUUGAUCUUGUGGGUGAGAAGUCAAUAUAUUGCACCAGCAAAGAUAAUCAAGUUGGCAUCUGGAGCAGCCCUCCCCCUCAGUGUAUUCCUGUAGUCAAAUGCCCAAUGCCAGAUGUUGAAAAUGGAAUUAUGGAAUCUGGAUUUAGGCGUUCGUUUUCCUUAAAUGAUUCUGUGAUGUUUACGUGUAAGCCUGGCUUUACCAUGAAAGGCAGCAACAUAGUGUGGUGCCAACUAAACGGUGAAUGGAAUCCUCCACCGCCAAGGUGCUCCAAGGGGUGUCUACCACCUCCUCAUAUCCACCAUGGUAAUUAUAACAAAAUGGAUGAGGAAUUCUUUACAGUUGGGCAGGAAGUGUCCUACAGCUGUGAGCCUGGCUACGCUCUCAUUGGAACUAACUCUGUGCAGUGUACAUCCUUGGGAACCUGGAGCCGUUCAGCCCCCAAAUGUGAAGUGAAAUCAUGUGAUGCCAUUCCAAACGAGCUUCUCAACGGUCGUGUGGUAGCUCCUCCUAAUUUCCAGCUUGGGGCAGAGGUUUCCUUUGUUUGUGAUGAGGGGUACCGGUUAAAUGGCUCAUCUUCUAGUCAGUGUGUCUCAGACGGAAUGAGAGUACUCUGGAAUAAUAAGUUUCCUGUCUGUGAACGGAUUUUUUGUGACCCUCCUCCCGCUAUCAAAAAUGGACGGAGUAGUUAUUUUUCUGGUCCCAUACCUGUUAACUCUGUGGUGAGGUACAGCUGUUUGAAUUCCUUCCGCCUCAUUGGAGAAAGGAUUCUUUUUUGUAUAAGUAAAGAUAAAGUGAAUGGAUUCUGGGAUAAAGCUGCUCCGGUCUGUGAAUAUUACGAUAAAAAUUCUAUUUGCCCUGAGCCCACAGUACUAGGGGGACACAAAAGUAGAAUAUCUAGACCACCAUACAGACAUGGUGAUUCGGUGACCUUUACCUGUAAUGCCAACUUCACGAUGAAAGGAAACAAAACAGUUUGGUGCCGAGCAAAUAAAACCUGGGGACCGACACCACUACCAACCUGUGAGAGUGAUUUCCCACUGGAGUGCCCAUCACUCCCCACAAUCGCCCAUGGCCGUCACACAGGGGAGGAUGUUGCCUCCUUUGCCCCAGGAUUUUCUGUGACUUACAGCUGUGAGCCUGGGUACUUGCUUCUUGGAGAAAAGACCAUUCGCUGCUUGUCUUCAGGAAAAUGGAAUGCUGUCAGUCCCAUGUGCAAAGAGGCAGAGUGCCGACCUCCAGAACCAUUUCUCAAUGGGCAGAUAAAGAAGUCUGAGAGUCUACGGGUUGGUGAGACUGUGCACUUUUCUUGUAAUGAAGGGUAUCGAUUACUAGGCUCACCUUCCAGCCAGUGUGUAAUUGUUGGACAGCGUCCUUUUUGGACCAAGAUGCCCAUAUGCGAAAAAAUUCUUUGCUCACCACCUCCUCCUAUUCGCAAUGGAAGAUACACGGGCAGCUCUUCUGUGAACAUUCCCUAUGGGAGCAGUGUCACUUACACUUGUGACCCGGGCCCAGAGGAAGGAGUAAACUUCAUCCUCAUUGGAGAGAGCACCAUCCAUUGUACCACUGAUAGUCAGAAGAAUGGGAUCUGGAGUGGACCUGCCCCACACUGUGAACUUUCUGUUUCUGAGGUUCGGUGUCCACCUCCCCAGAUCCUAAGAGGCCAAAUAUCAUCCGGGAAGAAAGAUCAAUAUUCGUAUAAUGACACUGUGGUAUUUGCCUGCCUUUUUGGCUUCACCAUGAAGGGCAGCAAGGAAAUCCGAUGUAAUGCCCAAGGCACGUGGGAGCCAUCGGUGCCAGUCUGUGAAAAGGAUUGUCAAGCACCUCCUAAAAUCCUCCAUGGUCAGAAAGAAGAUAAACAUGUGUUUCGCUUUGAUCCAGGAACAUCCGUAAAAUACAGCUGUGACCCUGGCUAUGUGCUAGUGGGAGAAGAAUCCAUACAUUGUACCAUUGAUGGAGUGUGGAUACCCACUGUCCCCACAUGCAAAGUGGCAGAAUGUAAUCCUUCAGGAAAACAAGUCUUUAAAAAACCCACGAACCAAUUUAUUAGACCAGAUGUUAACUCUUCUUGUGAUGAAGGGUACCGGUUGAGUGAGAGUGUUUAUCAGCUUUGUCAAGACACAAUUCCUUGGUAUAUGGAAAUUCGUCUUUGUAAAGAAAUCACCUGCCCACCGCCCCCUCUUAUCUACAAUGGCGCACACACAGGGAGUGCCUCAGGAGAGGUCCUAUAUGGAACCACAGUCACUUACACAUGUAAUCCUGGGCCAGAGAGAGGAGUGACGUUCAACCUCAUUGGGGAGAGCACCAUCCGUUGUACAAGCAACGAUCAAGAGACAGGAAUCUGGAGCGGCCCUCCUCCUCUCUGUGGCAUAGGUCUCGGUCAGUGCCAAGCUCCGAGACAUCUUCCAUUUGCCAUGCCUACAGAGCUGAUUGACAAAGAUGAGUUUCCCAUUGGGACAUCUCUGAAAUAUAAAUGCCGCCCUGGUUACUACAGAAGAAUAUUCUCUAUUACCUGCCAGAAAAACUCUGUCUGGUCAAUCCCUGAAGGCAACUGUAAACGUAAAACAUGUGGAACUCUUGCAGAACUCGUAAAUGGCAAAAUGGAGAUAGACAAAGACAGGCAGUUUGGAUCAACUGUUCAUUACUUUUGCAAUGACGGGUAUCGACUUAUUGGCCAAUCCUCAGCUACAUGUGUCAUCUCAGGCAAUUCUGUCACCUGGGAUAAUGACCCACCUACUUGUGAGAGUAUUCCUUGCGGGCCACCCCCUGCCAUCGCCAAUGGAGAUUUCAUUAACAGUGAUAGAGAAUAUUUCCCAUAUGGAACAGUGGUGACCUAUCGCUGCAAUCUUGGAGAUAGAAGGAUGAAGUUUGAGCUCGUGGGUUCACCGUCAAUAUAUUGCACCAGCAAAGACAAUCAAGUUGGCAUCUGGAGUGGCCCUCCCCCCCAGUGCAUUAUACCUAAUAAAUGCACACCUCCAGAGGUUGAAAAUGCAUUCGGGAUAUCUGAGAAGAAAAGCCUAUUUUCCUUAUAUGAAACUGUGCAGUUUACGUGUCAACCUGGCUUUGUCAUGAAAGGACCCUCCACUGUUCACUGUCAGGCACAAAACAAAUGGGGACCGGAGUUGCCCAGCUGCUCCAGGGUAUGUCAGCUACCUCCAGAAAUCCCGCAUGGUAAACACAAUGCAGGCCAGAGGAACACUUUUUCCACUGGGCAGGAAGUGUCCUACAGCUGCGAGCCCGGCUAUGAUCUUAGAGGGGCUGCUUCUCUGCACUGUACAUCCCAGGGAGACUGGAGCCCAGAAGCCCCCAGAUGUGCAGCGAAAUCAUGUGCUGACUUCUUGGACCAACUUCCUAAUGGACGUGUGCUCUUUCCACUGAAUUUCCAGCUUGGGGCAAAAGUGUCCUUCGUUUGUGAUGAGGGAUACCAAUUAAAAGGCAGUUCUACUAGUCAUUGUGUCUUGGUUGGAAUGGAAAUUUUUUGGAACAGCAGUGUCCCUGUGUGUGAAAAAAUUUUGUGUCCAUAUCCUCCUGAUAUCCUUAAUGGGAGACACACGGGCACACCUCUGGAAGUCUUUCCUUUUGGAAAAGAAGUAACCUACACCUGUGACCCACACCCAGAGAGAGGAAAGAUCUUCAGCCUCAUUGGGAAGAGCACCAUCCACUGCACCAGCGACAGUCAAGGGAAUGGAAUUUGGAGCGGCCCCGCCCCUCACUGUGGAGUUCAGGGUCACUGUAAUGCUCCAGAUCAGUUUCAGUUUGCCAAGCUGAAAAGCCAAACCAAUGCAUCUAAGUUUCCCAUUGGGACAUCUUUAAAAUAUGAAUGCCAUCCCGAGUACUACAAGAUGUCAUUCUCUAUCAAGUGCCUGGAAAACCUCACGUGGUCAAGCGCCAUUGAUGUCUGUAAACGGAAAUCAUGUGAAACUCCUUCAGAUCCUGUGAAUGGCAUGGUGUAUGUAAAUACAGAUACCCAGUUUGGAUCCAGAAUUAAUUUCUCUUGUAAUACAGGAUAUCGACUCAUCGGGCACUCAUCUACUGAAUGUGUCCUCUCAGGCAAUACUGUCUUUUGGGAUGCAGAGCCACCAAUUUGUGAACGUAUCCCUUGUGGGCCACCCCCAGCCAUCGCCAAUGGAGAUUUCAUUAGCAGUAAUAGAGAAUAUUUCCAAUAUGGAACAGUGGUGACCUAUCGCUGCAAUCUUGGAGAUAGAAGGAUGAAGUUUGAGCUCGUGGGUUCACCGUCAAUAUAUUGCACCAGCAAAGACAAUCAAGUUGGCAUCUGGAGUGGCCCUCCCCCCCAGUGCAUUAUACCUAAUAUAUGCACAGCUCCAGAGGUUGAAAAUGCAUUCAGGAUAUCUGAGAAGAAAAGCCUGUUUUCCUUAGAUGAAACUGUGCAAUUUAGGUGUCAACCUGGCUUUAUCAUGAAAGGACCCUCCACUGUUCAAUGCCAGGCACAAAACAAGUGGGGACCAGAGUUGCCCAGCUGUUCCAGGCUAUGUCAGCCACCUCCAAAAAUCCUUCAUGGUAAACACACCCCAAGCCAUAGGAACUACUUUUCUCCUGGGCAGGAAGUGUCCUACAUCUGUGAGCCCGGCUAUGAUCUUAGAGGGGCUGCUUCUCUGCGCUGUAUGCCCCAGGGAGACUGGAGUCCAGCAGCCCCCAGAUGUGCAGCAAAAUCAUGUGCUGACUUCUUGGAUCAACUCCCUAAUGGACGUGUGCUCUUUCCACUGAAUUUCCAGCUUGGGGCAAAAGUGUCCUUUGUUUGUGAUGAGGGGUACCAGUUAAAGGGAAGCUCAGCCAGUUACUGUAUCUCAGUUGGAAUGAAAAGCCUUUGGAAUAACACUGUUCCUGUGUGUGAACGUAUAUCUUGUGAGCCACCGCCAGCGGUAGCCAAUGGAGAAUUCUACAGCAGCAGCGGAAGUGUUUUUCAAUAUGCAGCAGUGGUAACUUAUCAGUGUCACACUGGGCCAAAUGGAGAAAAGCUUUUUGACCUUGUGGGAGAACAGUCCAUAUACUGUACCAGCAGAGACAAUCAACGUGGAGUUUGGAGCAGCCUUCCUCCUCAGUGUAUUUCUGUGAAUAAAUGCACAGCUCCAGAAGUUGAAAAUGGAAUUAGAGACUCAGGAAAUAGGAGUUUACUUUCCUUAAAUGAGGUUGUGAGAUUUAAGUGUCAGCCUGGCUUUGUCAUGAGAGGGUCCAACACUGUUCAGUGCAAGGUCAACAACACAUGGGUGCCUGAGCUGCCAAGAUGUUCCAGGGUAUGUCAGCCACCUCCAGAAAUCCUACAUGGUAAACACACUUCAAGCCACAGGGAUGACUUUUUUCCUGGGCAGGAAGUAUCUUUUAGCUGUGACCCCGGCUAUGAUCUCAGAGGGGCUGCUUCUCUGCACUGUACACCCCAGGGAGACUGGAGCCCAGCAGCCCCCAGAUGUGCAGUGAAAUCAUGUGCUGACUUCCUGGACCAGCUCCCUAAUGGACGUGUACUCUUUCCACUGAAUUUCCAACUUGGGGCAAAAGUGUCCUUCAUUUGUGAAGAGGGGUUCCGAUUAAAAGGCAGCUCUGCUAGCCAUUGUGUCUUGGUUGGAAUGAAAACCCUUUGGAACAGCAGUGUUCCUGUGUGUGAACAAAUAUUUUGUCCAAAUCCUCCGGCUAUCCUUAAUGGGAAACACACAGGAACUUCUCUGAAAGAUAUUCCCUAUGGAAAAGAAAUUAGUUACAUGUGUGACGCCCACCCAGCCAAAGGAAUGAUCUUCAGCCUCAUUGGGAAGAGCACCAUCCACUGCACAAGUGACAGUCAAGGGAAUGGGGUUUGGAGUGGCCCUGCCCCUCGCUGUGAACUUUCUGGUCCUUCUGCUUGUCCACAUCCACCCAAGAUGCAUAAUGGCUACCAUAUUGGAGGACACGCUUCUCCAUAUCUUCCUGGGAUGAUAGUCAAAUACACUUGUAACCCAGGCUACAUGUUGGUGGGAAAGGCCUUCAUCUUCUGUACACACCAGGGAACCUGGAGUCCAUUUGAUUCUUAUUGCAAAGAAGUAAAAUGCAGCCUCCCACAGAUUAUGAAUGGAAUCCAGAAGAAAUUAGAAGUGAGAAAAGUCUAUCAGUAUGGAGAUAAUAUAACUUUGGAGUGUGAAGAUGGGUAUACUAUGGAAGGCAGUCCCUCGAGCCAGUGCCAGGAAGAUAACAUGUGGAACCCUCCUUUGGCCAUAUGUACAUCUCGCACACGUGAUUCUCUCAUAGCUGGCAUGUUCUUCUCUGGUAUGAUCCUUCUUAUCUUACCCAUCAUUCUUUCCUGUUGGAUAAUUCUAAAGCGCAAAAAAAGCAAUAAUACAGAUAAAAAAUCAAAAGAAGUGAUUAUCCACUUACAUCCCCAAGAAGGCAAUGAUGUUCAUCCUCAAACUCUGCAAAUGAAUGAGGAAAAUAUCAGAAUGGAGUAUAUCGAUGGAGAACGUGAAUAAAAAAUAUCUGCUAUGUGUCACUUGUUAAUUGCAAGAAAUCUGGUGUACUGUCCAUGAGCAACUGCGGUGAAUAAUGGCUUAAUCCUUACAGAACUGGAAUGGCAAGCAAUAUUUUUUUUCUAUACAUUACUGACUAUGGCCAAAAUACUAUAUUGCCUUGCUUAAGUUGUAUGAUUGAGCAAUUCUGUUCCCCACUGGCCUUACAUAUUUCAUCUAAAGACCAGGGGCUGGACCAAUGGAUCUGCAAUGCUACUACCAGUGCUAACACUGUAAUUUUGUUUUGGUUCACUUGCCUUUUUGUGCAAUUGUAUGAAUAUAACAUGUAAGUUAAGUCUAUAAUGUUUAAAUGUAAUUUUAUAUCUCCAGCAUUAUAAUAAGAAAAGAAUAAAAGAUUUUAUCUUGGCAAAUCUACUUGUAAUAUAUUUACUACUUAAAGCUUUCAA